CCUAAUUCAAAAGGAAUUAUGGUUUGCCCUUCAUGCCCCAAUGAUAUGACUCAAACUGAAUUUAAGCUCAAAGCACACUAUAACGUGUCUGAUGAAUCUGGAAAUACCUCUGUUGUCUUUUUUGACAAGCAUGCGUAUGAGUUCACUCUAAAAACUGCUUCUGAGAUAAAAGAGCAGCUGCAUAAAGAAAAUCGUUCAUAUGCCUUCCCAGAUGAGCUUGAAGAUGUGGUAGGGAGAAAAAUGCUGCUCAAGCUAAAGCGUACAAGCUACAAUCUUGAACAUCCUAACUCUAGCAUUGGUGUGGUUCAAUACACAGCAUGUCAAGACCUUCUUGAGCAAUUUAAAGAGGCUUCAGUAGAGGAGGGUACCAAUUCAGGUCUGGCUAUUAUGGUCUUAGAGGGUACUAUAGUUAAAGAGGGAGUGAAUGAGGUGGUUCCAACAGCCUCAGACUUUAAGAAUAGUCAUGAAGAAACAACUAUGGGUUCAUCUCUUUCCAAAGUUGAACCAAUAAUGUCUCAGGACAUUGGGCUUGAUGAAAUGACUAUAUCUCAGCUGUAUCCUCCUCCAUUGCCAAGAGGAAAGAGGAAGCAAUAUUUGAAAAAGAGUGCAGAAGUCCAGCAAAUUAAUCCCCAACCUCAACCAUCUACUUAUGCCAUGCCUAACACCAAGCCUGUCAAGAUAAUUAAACAAGAAAAACCUUGA